AAAGCCAUAGAAGAUACUGGAUUUGAAGCCAUAUUAAUUAGCACAGGAGAAGAUAGGAGCAAAAUAUUGCUGAAAGUUGAUGGAGUAUUCACUGAAGAUUCAAUGAGGAUUAUUGAAAGUUCUCUUAGAGCACUCUCGGGCAUUGAAGACAUUGAUAUUGAUCCUGAACUGAAGAAGUUAUCCAUUUCUUAUAAAUCAGAUAUAAUAGGACCUAGAAAUUUUAUUCAAGUAAUUGAGUCAACUGGUUCUGGAGAGUUCAAGGCAAUGAUAUUUCCGGAAGGAGAUGGGAAACAAUCCCAUAGACAAGAAGAAAUCGAACACUAUCGUCAGUCCUUUCUCUGGAGCUUGGUUUUUACCAUUCCGGUUUUCUUGACCUCCAUGGUCUUCAUGUAUAUUCCUGGUCUGAAGGAUGGAUUGGAUAUUAAAGUUGUCAACAUGCUUAGCAUUGGUGAGAUUUUGCGCUGGGUGCUCUCUACUCCCGUGCAAUUCAUCAUUGGCCGACAUUUCUACUCUGGUUCUUACAAAGCACUACGUCAUGGUUCUGCAAACAUGGAUGUUCUGAUUGCUUUGGGAACAAAUGCAGCCUACUUUUAUUCUGUCUACUCGGUGUUGAGAGCUGCAACUUCUCCAAGCUUCAAGUCUACUGAUUUUUUUGAGACCAGCUCAAUGCUCAUUUCCUUCAUUCUACUUGGGAAGUAUCUUGAAGUUUUGGCCAAAGGAAAAACAUCCGAGGCUAUUGCUAAGCUCAUGAACUUGGCCCCUGAGACAGCAACACUAUUACAGUUUGAUGACGAAGGGAAUGUGGUGAAAGAGGAAGAAAUUGAUAGCCGACUGAUACAGAAGAACGAUGUGAUCAGAAUCCUUCCUGGUGCAAAAGUAGCCUGUGAUGGUUUUGUCAUCUGGGGACAAAGCCACGUGAAUGAGAGCAUGAUAACUGGAGAAUCUCGGCCAGUGGCCAAAAGGAAAGGCGAUACGGUGAUUGGAGGAACUGUGAAUGAGAAUGGUGUUCUGCAUAUUAGAGCUACUAAAGUUGGAUCAGAGAGUGCUCUUUCACAGAUUGUUCAGCUGGUUGAAUCAGCACAAAUGGCUAAAGCUCCUGUUCAAAAAUUUGCUGAUCGUAUUUCUAAAUAUUUUGUGCCUCUUGUUAUUAUUCUCUCCUUUUCCACUUGGCUGGCCUGGUAUUUAUCUGGGAAGUACAACAGCUAUCCUAAAUCCUGGAUUCCGUCUUCUAUUGAUAGUUUUCAGCUUGCCCUUCAAUUUGGUAUAUCUGUUAUGGUUAUAGCUUGCCCGUGUGCUCUUGGUCUUGCUACUCCAACUGCUGUAAUGGUUGGCACAGGAGUUGGUGCUUCUCGAGGUGUUCUUAUUAAAGGCGGGCAGGCUUUGGAAAGCGCACAAAAGGUGAACUGUAUAGUGUUUGAUAAGACGGGGACUCUUACAAUGGGCAAACCAGUCGUUGUAAAUACUAAGCUUUUCAGAUCUAUGGUACUUCGAGAGUUUUACGAAUUGGUUGCUGCAGCUGAGGUAAAUAGCGAGCAUCCCUUGGCCAAGGCAAUUGUUGAAUAUGCUAAAAAGUUUAGAGAGGAUGAGGAGAAUCCUGUGUGGCCUGAAGCCGAGGACUUUGAGUCUAUAACUGGCCACGGUGUGAAGGCUGUUAUCCACAACAAAAAAGUAAUAGUUGGAAACAAGAGGUUGAUGUUAGAGCAAGGCAUUUCUGUUCCUGUUGAUGCCGAUGAAGUACUAGCAGAAGCAGAAGAAUUGGCUCAAACUGGAAUUCUUGUAUCAAUUGAUAGUGAACUGAUUGGUGUUGUUGCUAUAUCUGAUCCAGUGAAGCCUGGAGCUCGUGAAGUCGUUUCUCUUCUUAAGUCUAUGAAUGUUGAGAGUAAGCUAGUAACAGGUGACAAUUGGGGAACAGCUAAUGCCAUUGCCAAGGAAGUUGGCAUUAACGAUGUUAUCGCAGAAGCAAAACCUGAAGACAAAGCAGAAAAAGUGAAGGAACUACAGCAGAGUUUGGGAAAAGUUGUUGCAAUGGUGGGAGAUGGAAUUAACGACUCGCCAGCGCUUGUAGCAGCAGAUGUUGGAAUGGCAAUAGGUGCAGGGACAGAUAUAGCUAUUGAGGCAGCUGAUAUUGUCCUAAUGAAAAGCAAUCUUGAAGAUGUCAUAACUGCUAUUGAUCUUUCCAGGAAAACUUUUGGCCGAAUUCGCCUGAACUACUUUUGGGCAUUUGGCUAUAACCUUCUUGGCAUCCCUAUUGCUGCCGGAGCUCUUUUCCCAUCUACUAGAUUUCGUUUGCCGCCGUGGGUAGCAGGAGCAGCAAUGGCUGCCUCUUCAGUAAGUGUUGUCUGCAGCUCUCUUUUGCUGAAGAAUUACAAGAGGCCAAAGCAGCUUGAUAACCUUGAAAUUGGAGGCAUAACUAUUGAGUCCUAAGAUCUGUAAAUAUGUUACAUAUUAGGAGUAUAAUGUUUUCAUUACUAAAGCAUGUAAAUAUGUUGCUCCGGGCUUUGGUCUAUUAGUAAGAGCGCAAUGCGUGAUAUGUGGGUUAAACUAGCUUGGUUGCAUUCUCAUAAUGGUAGCUUCCUCGACCUUUCUGUCUA